AUGCCCGGAGUAGUGUCACGCGACUACCGGGCCUCGUGGGAGAUCCCCUAUGACUUCCACCCCCGCAUCCACGCCUACCCCCGAUCUGCAAGCAGUGUCCGGGCUUACAUGAACGCACCGUUGCCAGCCUUGACUUCGGCAGACGCCGCGACGGCACCAGAGCACCAACGGGGCAAGCGCGCAUUGCGGCACUACUGCAUUGGCCCACGUCCGCCAGCUGCAGCAGCUGCGGUCGCGGCAUCGGGGACCGCACAGGCAGCGACGACAGGCACUGCUGCUAGUUCCUCUCGAAUAUCGGCCCCCGUUGUGCCGCAACAGCCGAAGACGCGCACCGGACGUCGUCCUGGACAAGCCUCGCAGGCAGCACCGACCUCCUCCCCAGCCAACGACGACAGCGCUGUAAAGGCGUCGCCCGCAGGUGUCCGGCCACCGACACCGCCACUACACACAUCGGCCCAGGCAAGCGGCGAGGAGUGCGACAUCAGCGCUCAGAGAACCGGUUUGCACCCCGCACGCUCUCCUGCGACCCCAUGUUUCACCGACUGUCGCGUACCACAGAGGCCCAUCAGUGCAGCGGUAGGGGUGGUGCGCCGCUUGCCAUCGAGCCAUCCUACAUGGCGCUGUGGACGAAGUUGCGGUGCGCGGCCGCCCAACUCCACGUCGGUCACCGCCCCAGCCACAGCGGCAGCUGCUAGCCACACUCCAUAUCAUCAUCGAACAAAGCCGCAUUACUCUCUAAGGCCCUCUUACGCUGCCUAUCGUGCUCAGUGGCGGCGGCGCCCGGUCCCAAUCAUCCGCGUGGCGGAUGAGUAUCGUACCCCUCCAGCGGCGCGGGAGUACCGCCUCCAUGCACGGCAGGUCCGACACGCAUCUCGUGAGAACUUCGUGGAGGCGCUGGUGAGCUGCGUGGCCAGCGGAGGUCAGGAGGUGGUGCCCCAUGGCGUCGUAAACGCCUUGACUGACACUCGAGACGCCCGCAGCUUUGACCCGUCGCUGCACAACUACAACGUCAUGGUGAUGGACGCCUUCCAUGACAGCGUCGAGGAGCGGGCGGCACGGCUGCAGGCGACGGAGAAUCGCAUGUGGGAACGGAUGAUCCUGAACGUGGCCCCGCUGGAAGUUGCUCAUCAGCAUGUGGUGGAGGCUGGCGGGGUGUCAGUGCUGGACAGCGGGCACGUUAGCUCGCCGAUUUGUAUCUCUUCUGCUCUGGGAGCAGUGGAUGCGUAUGCGGCGGACCUGGAUGGCGGCGUUGUAGAGGGAAACGAGGCGAUAGCAGUGGUGGUGCGCCCCUUCCCCGAUGAGCUCCUCGGUGAUUCAGAGGCGCUGCGGGUGGCCGAGGCGCAACGACGAUGGCCAAAAGGCCGCGAGUGGGACCGCCAAACGGCCAUCCAGCGUGCCGUAGGCACCACGGCUCAGGAGGCCAUCAUUGACCUCGGCAUCGAUCCGCGGUACCGGCACCCUGGUGACCGCUUGGUGCGAGGGAAGCCAGCGUGUGUGCAGUCAUGUUGCUGCAUCAGUGAGUAA